AUGCCGAGGACAAGAGCAAGGGCAGCAGCAGCUAAGUCAGAUGAACCUGAGAAGCCAACUGAACCUGAAAAGCGUGAUGAUUCGGAGGAGAGGGUGGACUUUGAUGGAGACAAUGAUCUUGAGGAGACAGUAGAGGAGGAGGUUGAGUAUGAAGAAGUAGAAGUAGAAGAGGAAGUAGAGGAAGAUGAAGAGGAAGAGGUUGAAGAGGAGGUGGAGGAAGAGGAAGACGAAGAGGAAGAGGAAGACGGGGAAGAGGAUACUGCUGCUGAUGGGGCUGAUGUGCAAAAAGGCUCAGAUGGUGAUGAGGACAUGAAACCUGCUGACGCUGAAGGGGAUGUGGAAAAAAAGCAUGCUGAGCUUCUUGCACUACCUCCUCAUGGGUCGGAGGUAUACUUGGGUGGCAUUCCACAAGAUGCUUCUGAAGAGGAUCUAAGGAACUUUUGUGAAUCGGUUGGUGAAGUCGUAGAGGUCCGAAUAAUGAAGGAAAAGGACUCAAGCGAGAACAAGGGUUACGCCUUUGUCACCUUCAGAACAAAGGAAUUUGCUUCUAAGGCUAUUAAGGAGCUUAAUAAUACAGAACUGAAGGGAAAAAAGAUCAAGUGUUCAACUUCUCAAGCAAAGCAUAAAUUGUUCAUUGGUAAUGUUCCAAGAAACUGGGGAGAGGAGAAUAUGAAGAAGGUCGUAACUAAGAUAGGACCUGGAGUUAUUGCUGUGGAGCUGCUGAAGGACCCACAAAACCCCACCCGCAACCGUGGAUUUGCGUUUGUUGAGUAUUAUAACCAUGCUUGUGCAGAGUAUUCAAGACAAAACAUGUCAAAACCAGAAUUUAAGCUUGAUGAUAAUGCUCCAACUGUAAGUUGGGCUGACCCGAAAAAUGUGGAUUCUUCAGCUACUUCACAGGUUAAAGCAGUUUAUGUGAAGAAUUUGCCCAAAAACAUUACCCAGGAUCAGCUAAGAGAACUGUUUGAAUAUCAUGGAAAGAUCACAAAAGUUGUUCUCCCUCCGGCUAAAGCAGGCCAUGAGAAGAACAGAUACGGUUUUGUUCACUUUGCGGAAAGGUCAAAUGCAUUGAAGGCUCUAAAGAACACUGAGAAAUAUGAGAUAGAUGGUCAAGUUUUGGAGUGCUCUCUUGCGAAGCCACAGCUGACUGAUCAGAAGUCCUCUGGAGCUUCAAAUUCACAGAAGUCGGCCCUACUUCCAAGAUACCCACCCGGUCUUGGUUAUGGUUUGGUUGGGGGUGCCUAUGGCGCUCUGGGUGCAGGAUAUGGCGCUGCAGGUUUUGGACAACCACCGAUCUACGGAAGGGGACCUCCUCCUGGUGGCAUGCCAAUGAUGCCGAUGCUUUUGCCAGAUGGAAGGAUUGGAUAUGUCUUUCAACAGCCAGGAGCACAGCCAUACAGCAGUCCACCACCACAGCAGAGAAGUGGCAGGAGUGGUGGCAGUAGCGGAGGAAGCCGGAGUGGUGGAAGACGUAGCAGUGACAGGGGACAUGGUGGGCGUAGCCGGUAUAACCCCUACUAAUAUAUUUGCAUUGCUCGGCAGAUGCAAUUACCGGACAAGAAAGAUAAAUGAGGGUAGUGCUUUAUUGCUUCUGUUAAUUCCUUUUACUUCCAACUCUCAGUACUCCCCAUGUUUGCCAACAAAAGCUUUAGACUUAUCUUUUGUAAAUUGUCCUGAAUUCUUAUCAUUAUACGUUGUUUGAGAGAUUUGUCUAACAAGAUGUAUUCAUGAUUCUGUCUCUCUCUCUCUCUCUCUCUCUCUAUAUAUAUAUAUAUAUAUAGAUUUGUGAUGCU